CUCCAGAAUAUUGUAACCCCGCACUCAUUGUCAAAGAUGGAAUUGAGUGGCUUGGGUUUUUCUUUAGUAUUAGCGUUUCUGACUCAGAUUGAGUAUACUCAGGCACAAGCAUGUAGCAUCAUAUCAGUAACUUCUCCAUCAGCAUCAACCCUCUAUGUUAAAUGGAACCAAUAUCCUGGCGCAACGAAUUAUUUUCUGGAUUUAAGGGUUGUAAAUUCAACGACUAUUGCACCAGUCGUGGUGACGUUGCCAGCAUCCAGCACCGAGAAGCUCGUGCAGGGUCUUCGUCCAGGGACUGUUUACCGCGUGACAGUAAAAGUAUUUCAGUUUUAUUAUGUCAUGUGUCUGGAUUCUGAAAUAACGACAACAGUUCCAGCCACGUCGCAAAUAACCUUUUCCCAAGCAAUAUCAAGCACUACUAUCAGAUUUGAAUGGUCAAGCGUGAAGUCAGCCAACAUGUAUUUCUUGAUAGUUGAAACUUUGACCCCCGGAGACAGGUUCAACCACAGUUUUACCAAUCUAAGUGGUGAGGUGCACAACCUUCGACCAUCAACACCCUACAAAUGCUACGUCUAUUCUUCGAACUCGGCUGGGUUGGGAUCUCGCUCUAGAGAGAGGACCGUCACGACACUGGUACAGCCGCCAGGAUUCGUCAACGUAGCGCACACGAGUAGAAGCACAGCGCGCGUAACCUGGGAGAGUGUAAGUAAAGUGCUGCUGUAUCAAGUGACCGUCGUCGACACCGACAACCCCAACAGCGCUGCCUUCGUGAGGAACACUUCUUCCACGUUCCUGGACAUCAGCAAUCUCCAGCCAUGCUCUACCUAUCGAAUUGGAGUCUCAUCAGUCAACGCCUUUUUGGUACCAGGAGAGGCAACAUAUGCCACAUAUACCACAAGCACAAUAGGUGCGGUGACAUCAAUCUCGGUUGACUAUAGCUGCUCCAGUGGCAUGGUGACAGUGUCGUGGGACACCGUUUUCGGGGCGGAAUCCUACAGGGCAGUGGCUACUGAUGGCAAUGGCACCACGCUGUCCUGCACCUCGCAGUCAGCCAGCUGCCAGAUCACCAGGGUGAAGUGCGGCGAGCGGUACCUGGUGCGUGUCACCUCCAUCUCUGAUGACUGCGAGAACUCUUCAAACGUCACCGCUGACUUCGAGACAGUGCCCUGCCCUCCCGCCGGCCUGGUCACCUACCGCGAGUGCUCCAGCAAUGUAAUCAUCUUUGCCUGGGAUCGCACCAACAACACGGGCUACUACGUGGCCACGGCGCUGGCCUCCAACGGGGAGGUGACCGAAUGCCGGACCACCGACACGUCCUGCUUCUUCACCAACACGGGCUGCGGCCGCGGCUACCAAUUCACAGUCUACUCCGUCAGCGGCCUGUGCCACAGCGAGCUCAGCCCCCCGGCCCACGUCCGCACAGCACCCUGUGACCCCACCAACGUGAAGACACUGGCCGAGUGCCGGUCAGACGUGCUGAUUACCACCUGGGACAGGGCAGACGGUGCCCUCUCCUACAUGGUGGAGGCCCGUGGUAACCGAGGUGACCGCUACAACUGCAGCUCCUUCACCGAAAGCUGCGCUAUACCAGGGGUGCGAUGCGGCGAGAGCCUGAGCGUGUGGAUCACGGCUACCGAUGAUGACUGCACCAGCGGCACGGCCCUGGGAGAGGCUGCUGAGACAGUGCCCUGCACGCCUCAGAACGUGACGGCGAUCCGGGACUGCGGGCCCGACACCGCCUCGCUGGACUGGGAGGCGAGCGGAGGCGCCGUGUUCUACAUCGCCACGGCCGCGCACGCCGACGGCACGGUGCGCACCUGCACCGCCAUGGACACGCAGUGCCAGAUCCAGGGCCUGCGCUGCGGCCAGACCUACGAAGCCUCCGUCGUCGCCACCAACAUGAGGUGCAACAGCUCUGAGAGCGACCGCGUCACCUUGGAGACGGCGCCAUGUCCUCCGGACCACAUCGAGGCCAUCCUGGACUGCGAGGCGAACCACGCCCUGAUUGUGUGGCAGAACCACCUGAGCAUCGGCUCCUACACGGCCAUCAUCCAGGACGCCGACGGCGGCAUGCUCAGCUGCAGCACCCCCAGCAACAACUGCGUCAUCCCCGAGCUGCGGUGCGGCAAGCUGUACACCGUUAGCGUCCAGCACUACGACGGCACGUGCUCCAGCCUGCCCUCGGCGCCCAUCCAGAUGGACUCCGUUCCGUGCGGGCCGGAGAACGUCCGGACCGAUGUGAACUGUGGGACGGGGGAGCUAACCGUGGGCUGGGACGUGUCUGUCCCGGGGCAGACUUACACCACCAUCGUGUCCACGGGGAACGGGGAGAGGACUUUGUGCAACUCCACAGAUACGCGCUGCAGCAUCACCGGUCUGGACUGCGGCAGGUCCUACAUUGUGGUGGUCCUGUCUGUCAACGGCACCUGUCUGAGCAUGCCCAGUAGAGACGUGGUCAUCCAGGAAGCACCGUGCGUGCCCACCAACGUGACCACGGAGCGGACCUGUGCGGACACUGCCGCUGUUCGCUGGGGGGCCAGCAGGGGGGCCACACAUUACAUCGCCAUCGCCGUGGGCAACAGCGGGCACAGAUCCGAGUGUUCUUCGAACGACACGGCCUGCGAGCUCAACGGCCUGCUCUGCGGGGAGGUGUACACGGUGGGCGUGGCGGCAGUGGACGAUAACUGCACCAGCCCUCAGAGCCAGACGGUGAUGCUGCCGACAGUGCCUUGUGCCCCGUCCAGUGUGCGUGGCUGGGUGGACUGCGCCAGCAACGCAGCCUCCAUGUCCUGGGCCCCCAGCCCCAAUGCCUUGUCCUACUCUGUGAUGGCGACGGCGGCGGACGGUCACGCUCACUCCUGUAACUCCACCUCCGCCACCUGCCUGGUGACUGACCUCCACUGUGGCGAGGAGUACGCCUUUACCGUGACCGCCAGCGAUGGCAGCUGUGACAGCCUGGCUAGCGCACCUGUCAGCCUGGAAACAGCUCCAUGCGCCCCUACAAAUGUGGCAAAACACCUCUACUGCGGCACCAACGUCCUUGCGGUCAGCUGGGACUCCGCAGGAACGCCGCUCAACUACAGUGCCACCGCCAGGGCGUCUAAUGGCACCAUGCAUUCCUGCAGCACUGCGAACUCCGGCUGCCACAUCACUGACCUACUGUGCGGGCAAUGGUACAGCCUCACCGUCACGGCCUCUAAUGCCAACUGCACCGGACCGGAGAGCGCAGCACAGACUGUGCAGACAGUGCCGUGUGCCCCGCUGAAUGUUCGUGGGGACCUACAAUGUGGCACAGACACCCUGCAGGCUUCCUGGGAUAGCGCUAGUGGGGCCAGCUCCUACAUCGCCAUGGUGACCGGCCCGGACGGUUACUCCGAGGCUUGUGACACGGCAAAUCUCUCUUGCUCCUUCGGAGGCCUGAGAUGCGCUCGGCGCUACGACAUCAGCGUGUUUGCCAGUGACAGCACCUGCAACAGCACGGCUAGCUCCGCCGUCUCCCUGGUGACAGCACCCUGCGAUCCAGAGAACGUGAUGACCCUGCUGCUCUGCGGCUCGGAUGCCGCGACAGUAUCCUGGGAUGCCAGCGCGGGAGCAACCGGAUACACUGUGGUGGGGCAGGGGAGGGGCGGGUCCAAAACCUGCCAAACCACAGGAACCUCCUGCCAGCUCAGCCAGCUGGCGUGCGGUGACCUGUAUAAUAUUACCGUGCUGGCUGAGGACGGCACCUGCAACAGCACCUGGACGACCAGCGCACCCUUGCAGACAGCACCAUGCCCACCACAGAUCACAGAGAGCUCGCUAGACUGCGAAACCAACGUGGCCUCGCUGGCCUGGACGGCAGGGAGCGACGUGGCGGAGGUCGUCGUCAACGCCACGUCCACCCUCGGCCCUGUGACCUCGUGCAGCUCUGCCAAUACCACCUGCCAGCUCACAGGCCUGCAGUGUGGCCACACCUACACAGCGGUCGCCACGGCGAUGGGGGACCAGUGCGGCAGCGCGCCCAGCUCUGGAGUGGAUAUCGUCACAGCUCCAUGUGCCCCUUCUGCGGUCACCUCUCAGUACGACUGCGGCGCCAACAUGGCCGUCGUCUCCUGGGAUGACAGCCUGGGUCGGCAGACGUUCGAGACCAGCGUGGAGGGGGGCGACCACACCGACUCCUGCAGUACAUCUCAGACCAACUGCUCCUUCAGUGGCCUGCGGUGCGGCCGCGCCUACAACGUUAGCGUCCGCGCGCUGGCCGCUCACUGCAACAGCAGCCUGAGUCUGGGCACUGGGUUCGACACAGUCCCCUGUGCGCCCCAGAACGUGAGCGCCUCGUUGGUGUGCGCCAACGACACGGCCCUGGUGACGUGGGACGGCAGCGAGGGCGCGGUGGCCUACAACGCCACCGCCCUGGGGAGGGACGGGGACACCAGGUCCUGCCGCACCGCCGACACCAGCUGCCACCUGCCAGGGAUGCGCUGCGGGCAGACCUACGACAUCACCGUCACCGCCUACUCUGAGACCUGUGGCGGGUUCCACAGCACCGCCUUCGUCUUCACCGCAGGCCCUUGUCCACCCAGUAAUGUGGUGGUGGCUCUAGAGUGUGACGAUAACAUUGGCCUAGUUUCCUGGCAGCCAGCAUUACUGGCAGAGAGUUACUUGGCCAGCGCAACAGGUGUGGAUGGACACACCCACACCUGUGUCUCCAAUUCCACCAGCUGCUUCUUCACCGACCUACACUGCGGGGAAACUUACUCAGUCACCGUGGUGACCAUUGAGAGGGGCUGUCAGAGUGAGUCUAGUGCAGCACAGGACCUCCAAUCUGCAAUUUGCCCUCCCGAGAACCUGGAGGGAGUUACUUCCUGCGCGACCAACACCUUCUCGCUCUCAUGGGAUGCCAGCCCCGGGCUGAGCGUGUCCUACAUUCUGUACUCCUGGAAAUGGGGCGGAGACAACACCACUUACCCUGUGACGGGCACCUCCCACUCCGUCCCAGACCUGCAGUGCGGAGAGCGCUACUCCUUCUGGGUGGCUGCCAGGGACAGUGCCUGCAACAGCAGCCUCAGCGAACCAUUAGAGAUGAGCACCGCUCCUUGCCCGCCGACCAUCCAGACGGCCCAGGUGGACUGCGGCUCCAACAGAGGCACCAUAUUCUGGGAGCCGAGCGUGGGCGCGGGCGCGGUGAGCUACGUGAUCGAGGCAGUGGGGGUCCACGGGCACAGGGCCUCCUGCACCUCCAACGGCACCUCCUGCUGGGUGAAGCUGGACUGCGGGCGCCGAUACUCGGCUACCCUCACCUCAUUCACUAGCGACUGCAACAGCACCCUGAACUCCACCCUUGAGUUCGACUCAGCCCCCUGUCUCCCCGAGGAUGUCGUGGCGGAGUUGGACUGCGUGGCCAACGUGCUGGCGGUGCAGUGGCGGGAGAGCCCAGGGUCGGACUCCUACACGGCGCUGGCCAUCGGCAGCGACGGUUACCGCGCCUCCUGCAACAGCACCAGCACGGCCUGCUCCAUCCAAGGCCUGCGCUGCGGCGAGACCUACAACAUCACCGUCACCACCUCCGCAGUCAACUGCAGCGUCAUACAGGGGUCCGACUACCAGGUCCAGUCAGCGCCCUGCCAGCCCCAGAACGCGGAGGUGAGCCUGAACUGCAGCAGUAACGAGGCGGCUGUGUCGUGGGUCGGGACCGGCACGGCGCAGACGCACGGCGUCACGGCGGUGGACGGGCGCGGCGUCGCUCUCACCUGCAACUCCAGCGACGACGGCUGCGCCUUCCCUCACCUGAGCUGUGGGGAGAGGUACACCUUCAGCGUGGUGGGCAUGACCAACCAGUGCAGGAGCGAAGCCAGCCCCUCCAUGGAGCUGCUCACAGCUCCCUGUGCCCCAACGCAUGUGACGACCAAUUACCACUGCGACACAAACAUUGCGAUGAUCUCAUGGGACACGGCGCUGGGUGCCACCAUCUACACGGUGCGGGCGGAGGGCAACCGCGGGCACAGCGCUUCCUGCAACAACACGGACACCCAGUGCACCCUCCACGACCUGCGGUGCGGGCAGGACUACACCGUCACCGUCGAGGCGGCGCACGACGACUGCGCCACCUUCGCCAGCGAGCCCGCCACCAUUUCCACAGGACCCUGCCCGCACUCUCAGCUGCAGUCAGCUCUGGACUGCAGCUCCAACUCGGCGCUGAUCUCCUGGACCCCGGGGAACGGCACGCUCUUGUACAACGUGUCAGCUGAAGCCCUCAGCACCGGGGACUAUGUGUCCUGCACCAGCAACGGCUCGUCCUGUAACAUCUCUGCCCUGGGCUGUGGCCAGCGGUACAGGGUCAGCGUGGUGGGGACGGGCCUCAACUGCGGCAGCCGUCACGGAUACUGGAUAGCAGUGAACACAGCUCCCUGCGCGCCCACCCAGCUGAGCGUGCGCUCCUCGUGCGACUCCGACGCCGCGUCCGUCUCCUGGGCCGCCGCGGCGGGCGCAGUGACGUACGCGGUGACCGCCGAGGCCGCCGACGGGCACCGGAGGACGUGCAACAGCAGCGGGCUGUCCUGCGACGUGUCCGGCCUCCAGUGCGGCUGGGAGUACGCGGUGUGGGUGACGGGCAUGGACGCCGACUGCCACGGGGCCAACAGCGAGAUCCACACCCUGAGAACCGCACCCUGCCUUCCCCAAGCUCUGGAGACACACAUGGAAUGCCUGGCGGGGGAUUUAAGUGUUACCUGGCAACUGAGCAGAGGAGCGCUGCGCUAUGGGGUGGUGGCAGAAGGCAGUGCCGGGGACGUCCUGACGUGUGACACGGACAACGCAAACUGCAGCUUCCCUGGCCUGCCGUGCAGCCAGAAGUACAACGUCACCCUGACAGCCAGCGAUGACACGUGCAACAGCUCCAGCAGCCUGUCCAGUGCUGUCAUGACAGCCCCCUGCCCACCAGCUGCUAUCAAUGCGACAGUGGACUGCUCCAUCCAAGGGAACUUGACCAUAAGAAUCACCAUUAAGAUAGUAAUCAAGCUGAAGUCCUGGAUGAAACGGGUGCUGUACACGGCCACGGCUGUGGACUCUCUGGGUCGCUCCCACGCCUGCAGCACCUCGAACUCCAGCUGCGACAUCCACAGCCUCCGGUGUGGCACGGAGUACAGCGUGUCCGUCGCCGGCUCCGUGGACGGCUGCACCGGACCCCCGAGCGAGCAGUACACCGUCAGGACAGCCCCCUGUGUUCCACGCCUCACUGAGGUGGAGAUGGACUGCCACUCAGACUCCGCCUCAGUCAUGUGGGCGGAGGUGGCCGGGGCGAGCCUCUACAGCGUCACGGCUGAGGACGGAGCGGGCGGGGCCUGGCACUGCGGGUCGAGCGGGACAGACUGCGCGGUGACGGGGCUGAACUGCGGCCAGCUGUACACCUUCGGCCUGACCGCGUCCGAUGGGCAGUGCAACAGCUCGCGAAGUAACACCCUCCCCUCUGAGACAGCCCCCUGCCCGCCACAGGACAUUCAGGCCAACGUGAGCUGCGGCAACCAUACGGGCAGCGUUUCCUGGACCCUCAGCCAGGGGGCGCUGCGCUACACUGCCAUCCUGCAGAGGACGGAUGGCCACGCCUCCACUUGCACCACUCAGGGCAGCACCUGUGAGGUCACCGGCUUGGCCUGCGGGGAGGCCUACACGGUGACAGUGGUGGCCCAGGGACGUACCUGCAACAGCUCGGCCAGCGCAGGUUCCUUUAUCAAAACAGCACCUUGCAUGCCACAAAAUCUGAUGAGCAGCACCAGCUGUGUGGACGCCGUGGCGACGAUGAUGUGGAACAUCAGUAAGGGAGGGGUGCUGUACUCCGUGGAGGCCACAGGCAGCGAUGGUCAUGCAGUUGCCUGCACGUCUGCUGGGGACAGCUGUGACCUCACCGGCCUGCAUUGUGGGCAGAGCUACAUCGUUACCAUGACGGCCGGGGACGACACUUGCUCCAGCGCCCCCACCCAGCCUGUCACUGUCACUACAGUGCCGUGCACGCCAGGGAACGUUUUGACCGAGGUGGACUGCGGCUCGAACACCAUGACGGUGUCCUGGUUGGAAAGCGGCGGGGCCGAGUACUACACGGCGACGAUGGAGGACAGCAAUCGCCACAGCACCAGCUGCCAGAGCGUGGGCGCCAGGUGCAACGUGACGGCCCUCAGGUGCGGCGAGACGUACCGCGUGACUGUGGCCGCGUCCGACUCCCUGUGCUCCAGCCAAGCCAGCCCCGCCUCCGAGACCCCCACAGCGCCGUGCUUGCCCAGCAACAUCGAGGCCAGCGUGGACUGCCAGGAUCGGAGCGCCAUGCUGUCCUGGUACUACGCCGCCGGCGCCCUGUCCUACACCGCCGCGGCGCAGGCCCAGUCCGGGCCCGCCGUCGCCUGCGACGCCAACAACACCAACUGCGUGAUGAGCGGCCUGGCCUGCGGGGAGCAGUACUCCGUGUCCGUCCUGGCCCAGGGAGAGACCUGCAACAGCACCGCCCACAUGGCAGGCUGGCUGACCACCGAACCUUGCGUGCCCCUGAACUUACACGUCCAGUACACCCUGUCCAUCGGCCAGCUGAUCUGGGAUAGCGCCAAGGGCGCCACCUCCUACACUGCGGAGGCCAUCACCGACCAGGGACUGAGCCAUGCCUGCAACACCACCGACACCAACUGCGUCCUGCGCGACCUGGCGUGUGGCCAAGUCUACAACAUCACUGUCACUGCCCACAAUGAGGCCUGCAGUGACACUGUCACUUCUGACGCAUUUUACCUCACCACAGAACCAUGUCCUCCUGAGAAUGUGCAAGCCAGCGUUGAGUGUGAGAGCGGGGAUGGACUGGUGUCCUGGGAGCAGAGCGAGGUGGCUGUUGGGUACGUAGCCUUCCUGGAGGGGCGAAAUGGAGAUUUGGCCUACUGCAGCACAGCAACGACAUCAUGCAGCCUGGCUGGCCUGCACUGUGGCACUGUCUACUACGUCUACGUGCGAGCCCUUGGACAGGUCUUCAACAGCACUGACAGCACCAGCAUCACCUUGACCACAGCCCCCUGUGUGCCAGACAGCGUGGUUGCCCAUGUGGACUGUGUGGCUGAGACGGCAACAUUCUCCUGGAACUUCACUGACGGGGCUCAAACCUACACAGCGACUGUGGCGGGCUCUGGCGGUGACCAGGCUUCCUGCACCACCCAGGAUAGCUACUGCAAUGUCACUGCACUCAACUGCGGCGAGACCUACAACCUUACCCUCAAAUCAACCAAUCAGCAGUGCCAGAUCAUCACCGCUACUGGGGUCACCUUCCAGACCAGGCCGUGCACUCCCCAGAACGCGGCGGUGGAUCUGCAGUGCGGCACUCGUGCGGCUGUCCUCACCUGGGAGCGGCGGGACGAGGUAGAGCUCUACACAGCCAGCGCCGUGACGAGCACCGGCGCCCGGUCCGUGAGCUGCAACUCCACCGGCGACACCUGCCUCUUCCCCAACCUGGACUGCGGGGAAACCUACACCUUCACCAUCACCGCACACGCCGGCACGUGUCACAGCGAGCUCAGUGACACUGUGGACAUUGUCACAGAGCCGUGCAGGCCCGAGCACGUGACCGCUCAGGGAGCCUGCAGCCAGGGGGCGCUGGUCCUGGAUUGGGACGAGGCCAAGGGGGCGUUGGCAUACACCGUGAGCGCCGUGGGAGACCUGGGCUACAUCAUGGCUUUCAAUGCCACUCAGAACACCUUGGAAGAGGAGCUUCCCUGUGGUCAGAGCUACAGCAUCAACGUGGUCGCCCAGGACGACCGCUGCCAAAGUCCCCAGAGCAACCCGGUCGAGUUCAGAACUGCUCCAUGCAAGCCCCAGCACCUGGAGAGCUACAUCCGGUGUGAGGCUAGCCUGGGCUCAGUGAGCUGGGCGGCAAGCGAUGGGGCGGAGUCCUACAUGGCGGUGGCGGUGGGCCAGGACAGCCACACCCACAUGUGCACCACCAACGGCACGGUGUGCACCUGGAACGACCUGCACUGCGGCGAUGUCUACACCGUCCACGUGGUUGCCCAGGAGAACAUGUGCACCAGCUCCCCGAGCAACGGCACUGUCAUUCACACAGCACCCUGUGUACCUCAGAACCUGGUGCCCGCGUUUGACUGUGGUCUGAAAGUGGCGUCCCUCACGUGGAACGCCAGUGCGGGGGCGGAGAUCUACAUGGUUGUGGCAGAAAGCGGCGACGGGCACAGGCUGGAGCUGAGCACAAACGAGACCAGGGCUCACUUCACAGAGCUCUCCUGCGGCCAGACGUACAGCCUCACCGCUGCCGCCAUCAACCAGGAGUGCAGGAGCGCGCAGAGCGUGCCAGUGCUCAUACAAACAGAGCCCUGUGCGCCAACUGCCGUGAGCAGCGAACUUGACUGCAUCUCCAACAUCGCCGUGGUGACCUGGGUGGCGAGCAACGGGUCCCAGCACUACACGGCCACCGUUCAGGCGGCGGGCGGGGAGACGCAGACCUGCAUGUCCUCCAGCAGCCUGUGCAGCAUCCCCAGCCUGAGCUGCGGUCAGACGUACACGGUGUCGGUCACCGCCUCCAACACGCAGUGCAGCUCCGCGGCAACCGCCGCCUCCGCCAGCCUGACCACAGUCCCUUGCGCCCCAUCCAAUCUGGCAGUGGAGCUGGACUGCGCAGACAACACCGCUGCGGUGUCCUGGAACCGCAGCCAGGGGGCGCUGUCGUACAGGCUCACGGCUCAGAGCAGCAGAGGCAGCCCCUCCAGCUGUGCGAGCGCCGACCCCCCCUGCAGCCUGGCCAAUCUCACCUGCGGCGCGCCCUACACGGUGCACGUGGUGGCCGUGGGGGCCACAUGCUCCAGCCUCCCCGGAGCUUCUGUGGAGUUCCAGACAGUGCCUUGUGCCCCGGAGAUCAGCAUGGCCCACCUGGACUGCUUUACCAGCUCAGCGCUGCUGGAGUGGCACUAUGCUGAGGGGGCCACCUCCUACACCGCCACGGCCGAGUCCGACAGCGGUGAUGUCACCGUCUGCUACACCAACUACACCAACUGCGAGAUUGCGGACAUGGGGUGCGGCCAGGUGUACACGGUGACCAUGGUGGCUUCGGACGGCAACUGCAAUAGCUCACAGAGCGCCGGCUGGGAGAUCGCGUCAGUGCCCUGUCCCCCUCAGAAUGUCGUAUCCCAGCUGGACUGCGGCACCAACGCUGCCCGUGUGGAGUGGGAGGGCAGCGUCGGGGCGGAGUCCUACACGGUGCUUGCCGUUGGCAAGGAGGGCCACGUCGCCCAGUGCAACACCACGGGGCUGGCCUGCGAGGUGGUGGACCUCAUGUGCGGCUGCAUCUACAACGUCAGCGUGGUCGCCCACAAUGAGCACUGCAACAUCUCCGAAAGCGCCACCACCCAACUGCAGACCGUACCCUGCCCUCCACAGCAGGUGGAAACAAGUGUUGACUGUGACACAGGGGCAACAGCGGUGUCCUGGGAGCACAGCUACGGCGCCACCUCCUACUCUGCUGUAGCCCAGGGAAACGGAGGCUACGCUUCCUACUGCAACACCAGCGACACUGUCUGCCAGUUCACUGACCUGCUGUGUGGCAUGACCUACAGCUUCACCGUUAUCGCCUCCGAUGAUGACUGCAUCAGCACAGAGAGCAGCCCAGUGUAUCAGAACACCAUCCUGUGCGAGCCCCAGAAUGUCAGUGCGGAGCUGGACUGCAGUAGCAACGUGGGCCUGGUGGCGUGGGAGAUUGGAGAGGGCGUGGCCUCCUACCGCGUGCAGGCCGUGGGCCCUGACGGGCACCGGACCCAGUGCAACAGCAGCUCCACCAGCUGCCAGCUGCCCGACCUGCACUGCGGCCAGAGAUACAACCUGACUGUCACGGCCCAGGACCAGCUGUGCGACAACAGCAACUCCUUCCUGACCCUGCAGUCUGGGCCCUGCCAGCCCCAAAACGUUCAGAUGACCCUCCAGUGCAGCUCCAGCUCCGCCUCCGUGACCUGGGACCGGGGCAGCGGCGCCACCUCUUACGCAGUGGAAGGCAGGGCUGCCGACGGCCACCAGGCCUCCUGCAACACCAGCGCCACCCACUGCGACCUAGAGGGACUGCGGUGCGGUCAGACCUACGACGUGUCCGUCGUGUCCCAGGACGACUCCUGUGACAGUGCGGCGAGCGCCAUGUCCAGCAUGCGGACAGCUCCUUGUCCCCCUCAGAAUGUAGAAGCUCAGAUAUCUUGCGACUCCGGGACCCUGGUGGUGACGUGGGAACCCAGCGCAGAUGCCGAUUCGUUCCAUGUGGUGGCUGACGAUGAGGACGGGGCCGACCUUUCCUGCGAUACCAACGGCACUCGGUGCUCCAUGGAAAACCUGCCUUGUGGCCACACCUACUCCGUCACCGUCGCAGCUGUCCGGGGAGGCUGCCAUGGUGACCCGAGCCAGGCUGUCCAAGUGUCUUCAGCACCAUGUGUGCCUCAGGAUGUCGCAGGCAACCUGGACUGCAUCACAAAUUCAGUUUUGGUCACAUGGCUCCCUAGCCAGGGGGCACAGAGCUACACGGUGCUCGCGCAGGGGAUGGACGGCAACAACUCCUCCUGCUCUUCCACUGAGCCCUCCUGCAAUGUGCCUGACCUGAGCUGCGGGGUCCUCUACACCUUCAAUGUCACUGCCUCUAACGGCCACUGCCAGACCCAGGCUGAAACUACCUUCGAGAUCAGAACAGCUCCGUGUGACCUCAGCACCAUCGACGCCGUAAGCGAGUGCCACAGCGGCAUCAUCCAGGUGACGUGGGAUUCGAUGGAGGGCUUGCCACUAUACGUUGCCACAGCCGAGGGCAAUGACCACAGCAUCCUCACCUGCAACAGCACCACGUCCUCCUGUGACCUGGUGGGGGCGCAGUGCGGUACCCACUACACCAUCAUUGUGGCUGCACCCUCUGACAACUGUAGCAGCCUGAGGAGUCCCCCUCUCAAGAUCAGCACAGCGCCGUGCGCCCUUGAAGACGUGGUCGCCCAUGCAGAUUGCGAGUCUCAGGGCGUCUUGGUCUCCUGGGCCCCAUCCCUGGUGGCGGAGUCCUACCACCUCACAGCCAUGGGGAGAGAUGGGGACCUGCGGGAGUGCAACACCACGAACACCAACUGCACCCUGGAGGAACUGCAGUGCGGCCAGCCCUACAGCCUCUCUGUGAUCGCCAGCACUGGAAAUUGCACCAGUCCAGCCAGCCUGGAAGUCACAUUCAACUCAGUGCCCUGCAUGCCAGACGGCUUGUCUGUGGAGGCCGAGUGUGGGAAUGGCUCAGCGCUUCUCACAUGGGCUGAAAGCGAAGGAUCCGUGGAGUACUUCGCCUGCGCACAGGGUGAAAACGGAGAUAUGCUCUACUGCGACAGCAUGGACACGUCCUGCACUAUCGAGGGACUGGAGUGUGGGGCCUUGUACAACUUCUCUGUGCAGGCUUCGGAUGGCAUCUGCAAUGGAUCAUUCAGCCAGCCACUGCUCGAGGGAUCAGCUCCUUGCCCACCCGACGCAGUGCAGACACGGCUUUUGCCCAUGCGGGAGGAAUCGCAGGCGAUGAGAGUGUCCUGGAGCCAGGUGGACUGUCCAAAUGUGAUGUAUCUGGCGGUGGCCACGGGGAACAUCCAGGGUGAUGUCCAGGAGCAAUUUGAGCUGUCUUCUUAUUGGACGGAUUCCACCUUCUUUGAGUUCCUCCUGCCUUGCAGCUCCUCCUACAGCGUGACUGUGAAGGCCAGAAAUCCUGCAGGCAGCAGCCAGCCCUCUGUGGCCCACACUGGAACCACAGCUCCCUGCCCUCCACUGGCUGUCACAUUCAGUGAAAGCAACACCUCCACCGUCCUCUCUUGGAAUGCCUCUGUCUUCGCAACACGAUAUACCGUCUAUGAGCUGUCCAGCACUGGCAGGUCUCAGGUCUGCAAAACUGCCCAGCUCUCUUGCACACUGGUCAGUGUCAACAGGAGUGCCAUCGAGGUUACUGCCAGCAACUCUGCAGGAGAGAGCAACCCAACAAGAGACGUCCAAGAUCCACUGCUGCGUCGCAAACGAAGAGAUUUGUCCGAUAUCGAGAUCACCGCAGGGCUACUCGCUCCACAGGUAUCGGUAACAGCCUUGAGCGGUUCCUCACUGAGAGUGGAAUGGUCAAGAGUAACUGGCGCCACGUCCUACAUUUUGACUGUUGAAGAGCAGUCCAGCACAGGACCAGUUAGCCCAAAGGUACUGACCGUGACCAGUGAGGAAUCCACAGUGACUGACCUGAAGUUCGGCACAAUGUACUGUGUUGUAGUCACCGCCAGGACCUCCCUCAGCACCAUCACCUCUUCUCAGCCUGUCUGCGUGGUCACCAUAGCGCAAGCAAAUGGUUAAUUCCACUGACUCCUUCAGGCAUCCAUCCAGAGCAGUUGUGCAUGAUGCAGCAAAAGAGGACGGGCUCUAGUCAUAGAAUAAAUGAUGAGAUCCAUUUCGGAGCUCCAGGAUCUUUCCUUUGGGGAAGGAGGAAGUUGGGAGGGGCAACGGAAGAGGAAAGUUUUACUCUUAUAAAUGUUGAAAGCAAUUUGCUGUCCAUUUCUGAAUUUUUUUUACAUUUUCAGGUGAAGCUGUUUUAAAUGACGUUGAAUUAGAAGCCAUGAAUCUGAAUGAUUAUCUUUUUUUUUACAUGAACAGUAGGUUAGGUUGAAAAACUGGGGAUUGAAAUACUAUAAAAUAGCAAGAAAUGACUUUAGUUUUCACAAACCAUUUUGAGGUUGGUAAAAAGUAAAUAUUAGGAACCUCUGACAGAUUUCAAAGUAUUUCUUAGGUUUUUAUGUAUAAUUAUAUCAUAAUGUUACUUUCCAAUAACCACUACAUGUAUUUCAAUGUAUCUCAUUUUAAUCACAUAUGUACACUAAUGUUAACAUAGAUUUAGAUCAAAUAAAUGCUAAUUUACCAAG